AUGCUUUCGGACCAAGAACUUUUUGAGCUGAACAAGAAGGCUGUUUCGCAAGGUUUCAACAUCAACCCACGGAUUAGUUAUAAUACCGUGGGGGGCGUGAAUGGUCCUCUUGUCAUUUUGGACAAAGUCAAGUUCCCAAGAUAUAACGAGAUUGUCAACCUUACUUUGCCGGACGGAACUACCAGAGCAGGUCAAGUUUUGGAAGUGAAGGGUGAAAGAGCCGUUGUGCAAGUUUUUGAAGGUACUUCUGGAAUUGAUGUCAAGAAGACCAGAGUUGAGUUUACAGGAGAGAACUUGAAGAUUCCUAUAUCCGAGGACAUGUUGGGUAGAGUUUUUGAUGGUUCUGGAAGACCUAUUGAUAACGGACCACGGGUUUUCGCUGAAGACUACUUGGAUAUUAACGGUUCUCCAAUUAACCCAUUUGCUCGUAUUUAUCCAGAAGAGAUGAUUUCCACGGGUAUUUCUGCCAUUGACACCAUGAACUCGAUUGCCAGAGGUCAAAAGAUUCCUAUUUUCUCUGCCUCUGGUCUUCCCCACAACGAGAUUGCUGCCCAGAUCUGUAGACAAGCCGGUUUGGUCAGACCAACCAAAGAUGUCCAAGACGGUCACGAGGAGAACUUCUGUAUUGUUUUCGCUGCUAUGGGUGUCAAUUUGGAGACCUCUCGUUUCUUCAAGCAGGAUUUCGAGGAAAACGGAUCUUUGGACAGAACCUCGUUGUUCUUGAAUUUGGCCAACGACCCAACCAUUGAAAGAAUCAUCACUCCAAGAUUGGCCCUGACCACCGCCGAGUACCUUGCUUACCAAACCGAGAAGCACGUUUUGACCAUCUUGACCGACAUGUCUUCGUACGCCGACGCCUUGAGAGAGGUUUCUGCUGCCAGAGAAGAAGUUCCAGGUAGAAGAGGUUACCCAGGUUACAUGUACACGGAUUUGUCCACCAUUUACGAGAGAGCCGGUCGUGUUGAAGGUAGAAACGGAUCGAUCACCCAGAUUCCUAUUUUGACCAUGCCGAACGACGAUAUCACUCACCCUAUUCCCGACUUGACCGGUUAUAUUACCGAGGGCCAGAUCUUUGUGGACAGACAAUUGUCCAACAGAGGAAUAUAUCCACCUAUCAACGUGCUGCCAUCCUUGUCGAGAUUGAUGAAGAGUGCCAUUGGAGAUGGUAUGACCAGAAAAGACCACGGUGACGUGAGUAACCAGCUCUACGCCAAGUACGCCAUUGGUAGAGACGCAGCUGCCAUGAAGUCGGUUGUGGGAGAAGAAGCCCUUUCCACCGAGGACAAGUUGUCUUUGGAGUUCCUGGAGAAGUUUGAAAAGACAUUUAUUUCGCAAGGUGCUUACGAGAACAGAUCCAUUUUCGAGUCGUUGGACCAGGCCUGGUCUCUUUUGAGAAUCUAUCCAAAGGAGAUGCUCAACAGAAUCUCUCCAAAGAUUCUAGCAGAGUUCUACGAUAGAGAGAGACAAGCAGAGACAGCCAAGGAGACACCAAAGGAGUCCGAGGCCCCAUUGAUCGAUGCAUAA